CGUGACAUUCUCGUGACCGCUCCCUGUCUGGAUCAUGUGUCAGGGAUCAGAUGGAUCAGAUCUGUCAGUGUCAUGAUCGUUGAUCGAGCGGCUGCACUCAAUUUUUCCUUACAACGACCAGACGAUGGCGGAACAUUUCGACUCUCGACGGCUGGUCGGGAUACGGGCGGAGCGCGUCACGGACGUGUCGAAUCGCGAGUUCCCCGGGCACUACCCCGGGGAGGAUCUGUCCUGGGACCUCGAAAAAUUUCGCCAGAACUUGACAGUGAAGAUCCAACGCGCGUCCGCCCGAUCGAUCGACUUCGACCUCGUUGGCGUCGACGCGUCCAUCGCCAACGCCUUCCGGCGCAUCCUAAUCGCGGAGGUCCCAACACUCGCGGUCGAGAACGUGUACGUGUACAACAACACGACGGUGAUCGUCGAUGAGGUGCUCGCGCACCGCAUCGGGCUCGUCCCGCUGAACGUCGACCCGAAGGACAUGGAGAUGCGCACGGACGACGAGGAGUCGACCGACCGCAACACGCUCGUGUUCAAGAUCGACGUGACGUGCACGCGGCGGCCGGACGCGCCAAAGGACGCGACGGACCCCGCGCUGCUGUACGAGAACCACGAGCUGCUGUCGGGGCACAUGGUGUGGAGCCCGUUGGCGAGCAGGACGAGUUCUUCCGGGACAGGCCGCCCGCGCCGCUGAACCCGAACAUCGUGCUGGCGAAGCUCCGGCCCGGGCAGCAGGUCGAGAUGACGCUGCAUGCUGUCAAGGGCGUCGGCAAGGACCACGCCAAGUUCAAUCCCGUCGCGACCGCCUCUUACCGCCUCCUCCCCCACAUCAUCAUCAAAAAGCCGAUCCCGCCCGACCUGGCGGACAAGUUCCAGAAGUGCUUCGCGCCGGGCGUCAUCAAGGUCGACCCGCGCACGAAGGCGGUCAGCGUCGACGACGCGAAGAAGCGCAACGACACCGUCAGCCGCGAGGUGCUCCGGCACCCGGAAUUCGACGGCGCCGUCGAGCUGAGCCGCGUGCGCGACUACUUCCUGUUCAACAUCGAGUCGGAGAGCGCGAUCCCGCCGCAGCGGCUGCUGCUCGAGGCGAUCGGCGUCAUGCGCGGCAAAAUCAGCACGAUCCGGCAGGCGGCGGCGGCGCUGCUAGAUCAGUCCGGCGGGGACGUCACGAUGGGCGACUAGAUUUCGUGUUUGUAUGCUGUUUUAUGACUUGCGUGGCCAGCUGUGAUAAUGCGAAGCGCUGUACUUGCUUGCACUGAGCGUUGACUCGGAUUCAGACUCGCAAGUUCGACGACUGCAUUUGGAAUGCAACCCCGGGGUGCCUGAACGUGAACACGCAUCCAUCUCCGCCUCGUAGGCGCACUGGAGAACCCUCUCUGAUGACCCAUCACGCUUUGAACUGGGAUUUCCUUUUUCGGGAGGUAUGACUGCUCGCUUCGCUCGCAACAAUGGCAUGACAAUGCUAUCAUGGCUUGGGCACGGUUCGAAGCCCACAUAAAUAAGGCGUCCUUCAGCUGGGUGGAUUCCCCAUCUGCUCCCAGACACACUCCACUUGCCACUUCUGAAAAAGAAUACAUAACCAUGGAUCACGUCCACGAAAUCGAACUCGAGUCCGACUCGAAGCCGGACCUGUUCGACCUCAGCAAACCCGGUGCCCUGCACCUGGACCUCCCAGCCGCGGCGUCUCCCGCCGCUACCGCCACCAGCACCACCAGCACCACCGGCGCAACGACUCCGCCGCUCACCCUCCGCCGCCGCAACGUGCCCGACGUCCCGCGCGACGUGAGCGAGAACGAAGACGAGGACGACUUCCUGCUCGAGCAUCUCAACGACCCGAACCUCGACCUGCGCCAGGUGCGCAGCGACGCCGGCGCCGCUGCGGAGGCCCUCGAGCUGACCCCGCGGCCCAAAUCCGUGACGUCGUCGACCAAGACGGGCGCGACGCCCUCCGAGCUGGAGUCGGGGGCUGGCGGCUCGUCGGCGGUCGAGUGGGAUGACGAAUCGCCGUAUGCCGAAGUGCGGAUGGCGGUGUCCAAAGUCGACGACCCGACGAUGCCGGUCAAUACCUUCCGGAUGUGGUUCCUCGGACUCAUCUUCACCGUCGUGCUCUCGGCAUUGAACCAGGUUUUUGAGUAUCGCUGUAAGGACAUCUCCUUCGCUGUUUGUGACUGGGCUCGUGGGACAGCUGGUCUCGCUCCCUGCUGGGAAGUUCCUCGAGUGGGCGCUGCCCAGCACGACCUUUGUCACCCGUGGGUACGCCUGGUCGCUCAACCCGGGUCCAUUCAACAUCAAGGCAAGCCGAUUUCCGAACAUGUGUGCAUCACGACGAUGAUCAACGUCGCCUACAACGGCGCGAUCGCGACGGACGUCCUGGCCACGCAGCAGACCUUCUUCCACGAACGCAUCUCCUUCGCGUACCAGGUCCUGCUGAUCCUCGGCACGCAGACGGUCGGCUUCGCGCUGGGCGGGCUGCUGCGCCAGUUCGUCGUGUACCCGUCGUCGAUGCUGUGGCCGACGAACCUCGUGAGCUCGGCGCUGUUCAACACACUGCACACGACGUACGGCGCGCGCGAGCGCGGGCACAUGACGCGCCAGCGCUUCUUCGCGCUCAUGUGCGCGGCGAGCUUCGUGUGGUACUGGGUCCCCGGGGUCCUGGUCACGUCGCUCAGCUUCUUCACGUGGGCGUGCUGGCUCGCGCCGAACGACGUGCGCGUCAACGCGCUGUUUGGCGGUGUGUCCGGGCUCGGGUAUGGGAUCGUCUCGUUUGACUGGACGGUGAUCUCGUUCUUUGGGAGUCCGCUGGCCACGCCGUGGUGGUCGACGAUGAACGUCAUCGCUUCGGUCUUUCUGUGCUUUUGGAUUGUGACGCCGAUCAUCUACUUCAGCAACACAUUCUUCACAUCCUACCUCCCGCUGUCCUCGUUUCUCGUCUUUGACAACACCGGCGCACCGUACAACACGACGGCCGUGAUCGUCGACGGCGUGUUUGACGCCGCGGCCUAUGAGGCCUACUCGCCCGUCUUUCUGUCGAGCGCGAUGUGCGUCGGCUACUUUGUUGCGUUUGCCACCUUUGCGUCGUUGUUUUCUCAUGUCUAUCUCUGGCACGGCCGCGACGUCGUGCGCCGCUUCCGGUCGACGCUGCACACCGAGCGCGACGUCCACUCCCGCCUGAUGCGCGCCUAUCCCGAAGUUCCGUUCGUGUGGUACGCCGUGGCCGGUGCGCUGUCCGCCAUCUACAUCCUCGUCGCAGUGACCCUCGUCCCGGGCGAUGCGGGGCUGCCGAUCUGGGCUGCCCUCCUGGCGCUGCUGCUCGCGAGCCUGCUCGCGCUGCCGCUGUCGAUCAUCAAGGCGAUCACGAACCAGUCGAUCGGGCUGAACGUGAUGGAGGAGAUCCUCGCGGGCUACCUCGUGCGCGACCGGCCCGUCGCGAACAUGAUCUUCAAGGCGACGUGCCUCGCGGGGACGCAGCAGGCGACGAGCUUCGCGGGCAGCCUCAAGCUCGGGCACUACAUGAAGAUCCCGCCGCGCACGAUGUUCGCGGUGCAGAUGGCCGCGGUCGUCGUCACGUGUGUCGUCGUCACGGGCGUGAACAGCGUCGUGCUCUCGAACGUACCCGGGAUCUGCACCGACGCCGCGCCGAGCGGCUUCGUGUGCCCCUCGACGCACGUGUUCUCGGAUGCCGCACUGCUCUUCGGCGGCAUCGGCCCCGCGCGCAUUUUGUCCGGGACGUACCGCCACCUGCUGUGGGGCUUCCCCCUCGGCCUCCUCGCGCCGCUCCCGCUCUACCACCUCGCGCGCCGCUUCCCGCGCAGCCCGCUCCGCUUCGUCAACUUCCCGGUCUUCUUCGGCGGCGUCGCGGCGAUCCCGGCCGUCUCCGCGUACAACUACGCCGCGUGGGGCCUCGUCGCGUUCGUGUUCAACUUCUGCGUGCGCCGCGCGCACUUCCGCUGGUGGAUGCGCUACAACUACCUCCUCUCCGCCGGCAUGGACGCCGGCCUCGCGCUCGCGUCGAUCGUCGUCUUCUUUGCGGUUGCGCUGCCGGGCGUGCAGAUCAACUGGAUUGGGAACACGAUCUGGAUGAAUACGGCCGAUGCGAGGGGGCUGCCGCUGCGCACUGCCAACGGGACCUUUGGGCCCGCCACUUGGUGAGCGCCGGCUCCUGAACCCCCUUUCUGCUCGCACACUCCUUGUUUCUCUCUCAUACUCACGCUCACUUAUCUCUCUGUAUCGCACGAUCUCAUACUUACACUCAUUCCCGUCAUACAUACAUUCCUUCCUGUCCUCUCAUGUACUCAAGAUAUACCAAAAAAAAAAGCAGCACCCUUUACCUUUAUAACCCGGAUCUCGAGGAUCCAUUCCUGUGAAUCGAUUCUUU